GUUAUUUGGUUUAAGGAUACAAUGCAAAUAGAUACCACUGAACGACAUAUUAUGGAAAAUCGCGGUUCACGUCACACACUCAUUAUACGUAAAGUACAUCCACAAGAUUUCGGUAAUUACUCAUGUGUAGCAGAAAAUCAACUUGGAAAAUCACGAAAAACUCUUCAGUUAAGCGGAAAACCCAAUAUAGCUGUUUUCAAUUCACCACAAAUCAGUCAAUAUAAGGACAGGUACAACAUUUCGUGGACUGUAGAUUCGCACACCCCCAUAGAAGAGUAUAAACUAUCAUUUCGAAGGUUACCACAAGGACAUGAGGUUGACAAUGCAAUUGACUCACAUUCCCAAUCUUCUUCACAAUCGCUCAUGUAUGGCAGUCACAAUCAUCGUAUCAGUAACGGCAUGGUUAUGGGUGGUAGUCUUGGCGGUUAUGGCAGCGGUAUGCAUUGGGGACGCAAUGAGUGGCGUGAUGUUGUCUUGCCAGCAAUGCCAUUGUCACAUCAUUAUACACAAGGCAUGAGUUACAUGAUACGCGGUUUGGAUCCAGAUCAACAAUAUGAAGCUAAAGUACAAGCAAGAAAUCGUUACGGCUGGAGUGAUGUCACACAUAGUUUUUGCUUCACAACGUCAUCAAAUGAUGGCCUUAUUGAUCUAUCAUCCUUUUUAAAUCAAGGCUUGUCAGAUAAUGAAAUGCGUGACUUGAGUGUGACUUUCUACGGCAAAGACGGCGCACAAAAUCUUCAAUUGAGCUUCACUUUAAUAGCAACUUUGAUAUUUGCCAUCAUUAAACUUAAUAAAUUAAUUUUAGCUUAAUUUUCCUAAUUAUAACUAAAGCCAUUUAUUCAUGUAAGAUUUCAUUUAAUUAUUGGCUCGAUGAUCAGAUCGAACAUUGGGCUCUUCAUAGAGAAGUUGUAUUAAAUAAUUUAGUUGAUGUUAUGAAGAAUUAGAAUAACGGGUGGAAUUUUCAAAAUCACUACAGCAGUUGAAAUAAGAUAUGUAAUUAGGCAUAAAAAUAUAUGAAUGAGAAAAAAAACUA